AUGUUCGAUGGGAACCGAAAGGCCGCUUUGAAGAGAAUGCCAGAUGGGGACAGAAGUCUGGACAGGCUACUUAUCAGUGGCGCGUGGGCCACCAGCAAUGAUGCUGCCAUGCAGGGCCAUUCCCCAAACACCAUCUACAACAGUCCCGCCAGGAGUCCCACCCAAGCUGCGAUGGGUCCAGCCAUGGAGGACCGUCUGGAAAAACGGAAGCUGUUGUGCAAAGCACACAACGACACUCGUCCACGCCAUAAUUUCGAGACCCUCCUCGUGGACAGGACCAGCGAGUGCCCUUUGACCGGAAAGCAGAUGAGUCCAAAAGAAGCCUGCGCCGCCAUCAAGGAGCAAUGGAGAAGGGAAGGCAUAUGGGAUCCCAAGUGGGACGACCACGGUAUUCCUUUCGGUCCUUGGACGCCAUUCCAGGGACGAGAUGCCGGAUUCGUAUGCGAGGGGGCCAUGUUUGAUCGUGGUGCAGACCCAACUCGGCCAUGCAAGCGGUUCCAAACGCAUGUGCAAAUGGUGCGGGACAGCAUUGGAGACAGGAGUCCGGUUACAGCUAGGAGCGCGGUCAUCACGCGCGUGCGCAUGGCGUGGAAGUACUGGAAUAUCUGGAAUCGGAAUUGGGGAUCCAUGCCUGGACCGCAGGCCAGAUGGAACCACGAGAUUCCACUGGAGGAGUGGCUGAAGGAUGAGAUGGGUGAUCAGUACGUCUAUGAUUCUGAUACUGCCAAGGAACAGUGCGGUGUUGAGGAUCCAGUUCCGGCAUGGCUCCCAUUGCUGGAGAGCGAAGGGGGGUUAUCUUUGCCUUCUCUGCCGUUCCGUGAUAGUGAUUUCACGGGCGAGCCUCUAUUUGGUAUGGGCAGAAUCAACAGCACCGUCGGCCCUUGCAUGAAACGACCUCCGUUCGGCAUGCGAGAAGGCCCGUCCAUUUUCGGCAGCCCGGACAGCCCAUAUCAGUUCAAUCGGAUGCGCCACCCACUGCAGGAUGGCUGGCCCCUGUUCCAAUGCUGUCUGACCACUUCCGACGUCUCUUCAACACUCGGAGCAGGACGCAAGCGGUUGACUAUUUUGGCAUGCAAUCACGGCGAUUACGGUGCUGCAUCCCAUGCUGGAAUGUACAAUCCCCCCUGGCCAGGAUUCAACCAAAGACGCCCACCCAUCACACCUGGCGAUGUCUAUGCCAUGGAGGCUCAGCGGGCAGUCGGCCUGGACCACAUGGCUCAAAGCGCGAACCAGACUAGGCUAGCCAUGGACCAUCACAGGCAGAAAAUGAAUGCCGCUCGUCGGGCAGGCCCUUGGCAAACAGCAAGCCAUAUUGCACGUCAAAUGGGAGUUGACACACCCCCUGUCACUGGCCAGGCCAAAAACCUUAACAUCCAGCCACUCCUGGUGGACAGCAGAAGCCCAAAUACCGUCCAACACAGCGAUCCAACAGCAAGCCCCAGACAGGGAGGUGUCGCAAGAGCUGACCAGAUCGAAGCGGCCUCUGAGCGUCAGUUCGCACACGACCAGCAGGAGUUCCGUAGACUGGACGCUCGUUUGACGCAUCUCCGUGAACUAAUCGAUCGACAGGAGGCCACUGAGCAGCAGAACUCUCCGUACCAAGGAUCGGGCGGUAAUCUAAGUCGAAUGGGCCCCGACCCAGCAUGUCGCGAUUGCCAGACCGAAAACCUGAACAGGUCCCAGCCAGCCAGAAGUGACCCCACACGCCCAAUGACGACCAACCACAGGGAUUCAGAAUCUGACCCAAGACUGGAAAGUCGCAGCAACACCGACAGGCGUCAUGGAACUAGUCGGGACGAUGUACUUCGAUUGCCCCCUCGAACACGACAUGUUUACAGCUACCCUAAAGGCCUGGACAGGGUCACGCCAGCCCCGGCCACCACAAGCCGAGGUCCAGUUUGUCCCUGGGAUUUGUCCUCGACUAGCAAGAAGAGAAGACGUGACGAGACUGUCAGGUCUGAUAGGAGUGACAGGAGUGACAGGACCUACAGGACUGACAGACCCGACGAGACCCGCAAGGCAGGAAAGACUUGCAGGCGCAGGAGCCCUUCUGGGCACCGACUUUGCAGGGAAGCUGUACAUCGCAUGGAAGAUUUAAUCGACUGUAUCGAUGACCUUGCCGAAGACAUGGACCGGGCUCAGCGAGCCGCAGUGCGUAGCGCAACCACGCACAACGCAACCGUGACUACGAUACGGCUCGGAGGAGGGCCGGCUACCGUGCACAUUGGAGGAGAAAUCGACCAGAGAACUGCCAAGUCGAUCAGUCUGGCCCGUGAGGGAAUCCUCUUGACUUGGUCGCCAAAUGCCCAAGUCCCGGGUAGUCUGAAUAUGCGUAUCACGGUCUCCCCUCCCCAGGGCACUGGUGGGCAGCAGGGUGCCACUGAGAAGGCUACUACGAAGGCUAGUACUGAUAAGGCUGAUACUGAUGAGGGCACCACUGAUGAGGACACGACUGACGAGGAUACCACUGAUGAGAAUCAUGUUACUGAUGAUAUGGAUACCACCGGUGGACCGGCAGAGGAUUGGGAUAUGAUCCCGGGAACCGAUGCAUGA